AUGAUGUAUUCCAUAUUUCUCUAAUUGACUCAAUUUAUAUUUUUUUAUUCCAACAAUGAUAAUAAUGCCUAUUCUGAUGGGGAUACAUUGGUCUUAUGUACUUUCAAUAUUUUUAUUCAUGAUGUUCAUAAUUGGUUAGGAGUACUUUUUUAUUUGGAAAACAAAUAUGAUAAUUGGUGA